CAGACUUUCAGCGCUCUGCCUUGUAAAAGACUUAUUAGCUUUUUUUGGUUUUUUCUUUGCUUUUGCCGUGUGACGACUUCUUCUUCUUCAUCUUCUUCUUCGUUCAUCCUCUCCUCUUCCAAGUUUUUGCUUCUUAAAAAAAAUCCAUUUUCACAAAUACCCAAUUAAAAAACUCCUCCUUCCUAGUCAUCCUUCUCUCUCGUCCUCUUUUGUUACGUGAUUUAUGAACCAUUUCAUAAUAAUCAUAAUCAUCCUUCUCUUCUGGCGAUUGACUUGUAUCUUCUUCUGAUAAAGUUUUGAUCUUUUCCUCUAUACAAAACAAAAUUCAAAGUGGAGAAACCUCGUUGUUUUCAUCUCUUCUCGACGAUGAAGUGUUUCUUGUUCUCUGGUGGAGACAAGAAAGGAGAACAGAAGACUCCUAACUCGGUUUCAUUGACCUCUAACUUCUCUGACCGCGAAAUAAACCGAAGCGGAUCAGAGUUUAACUCCCGGGAUGUCUCUGGGACGAGUACGGAGUCAUCCAUGGGGAGGAAGAACUCGUACCCUACAAUGUCUACUAGAGCAAGUAAUCUCAGAGAGUUCAGCAUUACUGAUCUCAAGUCUGCAACUAAGAACUUUAGCCGAUCUGUUAUGAUUGGAGAAGGCGGUUUUGGUUGUGUCUUCAGGGGAACAGUGAGGAACUUAGAAGACCCGUCCAUUAAAAUCGAAGUCGCUGUGAAGCAGCUUGGUAAAAGAGGGUUGCAGGGGCAUAAGGAAUGGGUUACGGAAGUAAACUUUCUUGGUAUAGUUGAGCAUACAAACUUGGUGAAAUUGCUUGGCUAUUGUGCUGAAGAUGAUGAACGUGGAAUCCAACGGCUUUUGGUUUAUGAAUACAUGCCUAACCGAAGUGUUGAAUUCCACUUGUCCCCUCGGUCACUCACUGUUCUUACUUGGGACCUCAGAUUGAGAAUCGCUCAAGAUGCAGCUCGCGGCUUAACAUACCUGCACGAAGAAAUGGACUUUCAGAUCAUAUUCCGUGAUUUCAAGUCCUCGAACAUUCUUUUGGAUGAGGACUGGAAAGCAAAGCUCUCAGACUUCGGUUUGGCUCGUUUAGGUCCAUCUGAAGGACUAACUCAUGUUUCUACUGAUGUUGUAGGUACAAUGGGUUAUGCAGCACCUGAAUACAUUCAAACAGGCCGUCUCACAUCCAAAAGCGAUGUGUGGGGUUAUGGAGUGUUCCUCUAUGAGCUUAUCACAGGGAGGCGACCAGUAGACAGAAACAAACCCAAGGGAGAGCAGAAGCUUCUAGAAUGGGUCAGACCUUAUCUAUCUGACACAAGGAAGUUUAAACUCAUAUUAGACCCGAGGCUCGAAGGAAAGUACCCGAUCAAAUCGGUUCAAAAGCUAGCAGUUGUUGCCAACAGAUGUUUGGUUAGGAAUCCAAAGACACGUCCCAAGAUGAGUGAGGUGUUAGAGAUGGUGACCAAGAUUGUGGAAGCUUCUUCAGGGAACGGCAGCCCGCAGCUAGUUCCAUUGAAGAGUGUAAAUGCUUCAAGAGACACGGGAGGAAAGAACAAGAGGGGUUUAGAGACAAAGAACAAUGGUGGUGGCGGUGAAGGAGGUUGGUUUGGAAAGCUAUGGAACCCAAAGACAAUAAGAGCUUGCUGAUUACAUAAAAAUUCAAACCCCAUCAUACGAAAAUACAAGACUCAAGAAAGGUUCCAGGGAGAUUGGAAAGCUUGAAGAGUUUGGCGAGAGAUCAAGAUCAAGCUCAUACACAUUACAUAUAUAUAAUUUGCAUAUGAAGAUUAUGAACGAUACUAAAUGAUUUAAUAUGAUAUUUGUGUGAUUAUAACCAGUAACCACAGCUGAAUCAAGAAGAUAUAUAUAAGCAAGAAUGGCUUAUCACUUUAUCAGAGUUUUGUUCCAAAGCUAAUAAGUUUUCAGCACAAAAAAUACUCUUGCUUACGUGUA